GGUUCGUUAAAUUUACACGUGAUGUUUGGGAUAUAGAAGGCCCAUAGAGCGGGAGAAGUUCCAAAUGUCACGUGACUAAUAUGCCCUCCGGUGCCCUGUUUUCACCGGCGUCCCUUUUUUGCAAACGAGGCAAUUUUGUCAUUGCUAUUUUUACUCCGGAUUUGAUUGAAAAAUCACAGAUAGCAGCUAAUAAGCAAUUUCACAGCACUGAGUUCAUCUUGCGGCUGAUUCUACCUGAUGUAGAUCCCAUCACUCUCAGUCCCUAGCCAUGCCGGUCUGGGGGCUCAGCGGCUCUGACGUGUUCUCGGAGCUGCGUGGGGUCGCAGUCGAGCUGUGCCUGCUGGCCGGUGACGCUCUGCUCUGCACCGGUCUGGCGGCCGCAGCGCGCAAUGUGGGCGCCGCCGUGACGCGCGUGCGUGACGCCCCCGGCUUCGAGGCCGGCCCCAGUCUGGUGGAGCGUGUGACGGCCGCCGGGGGACGGAUGGACUUUGUGGCCGUCCGCGGAGAGGUGCGUGCACUGGGCGAACCGAUCCGCGCGCACGCCGACCCGUCGGUGCGCGGGGUGAUGCAGCGGCUCUCACUGCGCGAGCACACCUGGGAGAACCACUCGGGCUUCUGGUCGGAGCGGCGGCGCACGGUGCGCGAGGCACUGAACACCGUGCCGUUCGCGCUGAGCGGUGCCGGUCUGGCGGUGGUCGUUCAGGACGCCGACUCGCUCUCGGCCGACCUGUUCACCGUCAAAGACGAGUUCGUGCCCACGGAGCUGUCGCUGGCGCAGAGUGUGUGGCAGUGGCUGCUGGGCUCGCGCCAGCAGGGUCUGCGAGAUGUCGAGGAGAUGCUGCUCGAGGGCACCCGUGUCACUGGCUACGGCGAGCUGACCCUGAUGGAGCGCGGUUUGGAGCUGAGGCCGCCGUCCGGCGAGCUGCCCUUCAUCCUGACCACGCGCUCCGAGACGGCCCUGCUGCGUGAGCUGGAGGCGCAGAGGAGCGUGGCCCGCGGCCUGCUGGCGGUGUUUGUGCUCGGCGGUCUGUGCGGCGCCGCCUGGACCGGCCGACGGCUCUGGCGCGGCCUCGAGGAGCGGCGCAGGCGCCGCCGGCUCGCUGACGAGUACGAGGCGAUCCGCACCGAGCGGCGGCGUCGGGAGCGCGCCGGGGACACGGUGGAGGAGGCGCUGCAGUGCGUGGUGUGUCUGACCAAUCCGCGCGAGGUGGUGGUGUCGCCGUGCCAGCACGUGUGUCUGUGUGUGGACUGCGAGGAGCAGCUGCAGCAGCGCUCUUGUCCCGUCUGCCGGCGGAAGGUGACCGGCGUGCUGCCCGUAUACCUGGCGUGAAUCAGAACUGGGUGUGUGAGCCGCACACAGUGCGGUGUAUGGGUCUGAUUUCUAGGCUUAAUGUCUAGGUGUGGAUCUUUUGUCUAGGCUUGCCUUUGUCCAGAUAUGAUGUUUUUGGUUGUUUUGUAACAACUCUGAACUAACAUUUUGAAAGCAUUUUGUGGAGUUCCUAUCACGUGACUCGCUAGUCAUCAGAGCUAAAUCUUGCUGAGGCUAUCUCGUCAUUAAAUACUGGCUCAGAAAUUCCACUUAUCACAGCCUUGGCCGUACGGUUCGUUUGAUAUCAGAUGAUAUAUGUGCUGUAAGACAGCCCGUCUUCCUGUGAGAGAUCCUGGUCUGGUGUGGGACUUUUUGAGUAGUCUUCCGUGGUAGGCAGCCCAGGAGCUUAUAGCGUGACCUCACCUGACCUGCUGCUUUAUCUAGCUGAUAGCAGUCCUAGCGUACUGCUGGUACACACCGUAGUCGUGCGCUCGGUGGGUGAGAUUCGUCGAUGGUAUGUUUCUGAUGGAUAUUUCGAAGUGCCUUAGCUUAGUAUUGGCUUGGAUAUCCGCACUGUGUUUGCUUGCUUGGAAAAGCUUUGGCUAGUAAUACGUGCUGUGAUUAUAUGGGCAAUGUGUUACCGACAGUGUUGAGGAGAGAAGAGUGUUGAUUCUUGUAGUUACUGUCAGGAUGAAUUGAUAUUAUUGCGAGCCCGAAUAAAUGUGUAAGCUGUACGAGGCGUUCCGACAUAAUGACAUGAAGCCUGGCCGUUGGAAUCCAUCGGUAACUGUUUAGAAGUGUUCAGGCGUCUCCUCGGCACCGAACACUGGCGAGUGGCGACUUAGAAAGUGAAAUGGUCUUAUGUUUUGCUGGUCAAGGGUCAGGUCAGUCACCCGCGGGGUCAGGAUCAGGGUAUAGGGCCUUACAUCUUGAGCGAGAAUUGCGAUUGGACCUCCGCUGCAGAUAAUUAAAGUGGAGUAAUUGAUGACAGAGUAUGAUGAAUGAUGAUUGUCAUUGAAAUAUGCCACGAUCAGGGUGAAACUGGGAUGUACCUGGGCGACUAUGCUGUUAACUCACGACAAAAACAAUGUGAACAAUUAAUUUA